AUGUCCGUUGAAUCAAUUUUAUUUAUUUUAAUUGUGUAUAUUAGUUUUAAUUUAAUUAAUUCCUACGAGGAUGAUUGGAGUUUGUUUGAAAAUAGCUUCAUACAUCAUAAUAGAGAAGAAAUUUUUAUAAGCAACGUCACCACUGAUGAGCAUUUUAAAUUGAAUUUUACUGUUGCAAAAUGGGCCACCCUAAAUGCUGGGCCCAUAUGCUAUACAGGGGGCAUUACAAAUAAUGGAAGCCUCAUAAUUUUAUUUUCUACAUUGUCCAGUAAUGGUACUGGAAUUGCAAUAACAGAAAAAAUAUAUGAUUUAGAAGAUCCUAUUACAAAUAUUGAAUUUAUUGAAGAAAGGAAAAAUGGAAAUCAAUCUUUCUAUAUUAUCGCAUAUAGUCCAAAAACCAAUAAUUUUAUAUGGUAUACAUUGAAAAAUUUUGUUAUGAAUAAAAUUUGGACUUGGCACAUGGAAGAACCAAUUUCAUAUUUUAGUAGUUUCAAAAUUAAUAAAGACCCCUUUCUUAUAGUUAGCACAUUGAGCCGGACAAAAAUUUAUAGAUUUAAGAUUGAUACGUUAGAAUAUUGGAUUCAUCAGUCAAUCCAGCUGGGUGAACCAACAAACUCCCUGUGUCUAACCCAAACUGAGGCAAACUUUUACUUAUCCAUUACCCAGCCUAGUGCAGGACUUCUUUUAAUCUACAAAUCAUCUAAUCAACAUUUUAAUUAUCAAGAAAGUUUAACCAGCAAUCAACUUAAUCAAGUAAUAUGUUUCGAAAAUGGUUUCAAAUCGUUUGUAGCUUUCAACGGACAUGAUGCGGGCAUUUAUGAAUUUACCAAAGAAGGCUUAGAAAGUCGUGAAAUUGUUAAUUCCAACUUGGAAGGGAUUCAGUUUUGGUUGAGCGUUCCUAUUGAUAUUUAUAGGGACGAGAGUUUGUUGUUUUGCCAAAGGAAAUUGGAUCAUGAUAAGCACGAAGAUAUUCCAUGCUCCUUACACGGAGACCUCCACAAUAACUUGAAAUGCCUAACAGAAUUUGAUUCUCAUAAAGGGAUGUUAAGUAGUUCCUAUAUACGAGUAGCCAACCAUCUUGCACUAAUAGUAUCAAGCUCCAAGAAUUCCUCUAUUUUAUUCAAUUUGAAAGUUGGUUUGAAGAAAAUCGAUCAUCCUGCUAAAAAGGAGCUAGAGUUAUUCCAGGACCUCAAAAAGGAACUGGAGAUUAUUAUAGCCGAGCAAAAAAUUAUUACUAAAAAAUUAAAGAAACAAGAAAGUAGAGAUGCACCAUUAUUACAAGCUAAACUUGAUUGGAAAAAUGAAGCUGCAAAUGUAUUAAAUGAACUAGAUGAUGUAAAUAGAGAGUUUGAAAAUUAUGAAACUUUGAAGUUGAAAGGCAAAUACGAUACCGUGAUUUUUAAUGGCCCUGUGGUUGUUAAAAGUGCACUUAUUACUACUAACUUUAUCACAGAAGAUCCAGAUAUCGUGAAACUUUUAAAUAAUCUAGUCAGGAAAGAUCAUCUAGAACCCAUACAAGGCCUCAAAACUUUCACCAACUUAUCUGUGCAUGAAAUGUCUUUUGAAAAUCUUAAUAAUAUAAGUAAAAAUGAAUUUUUACUUUUAAAUGAUGAAAUUAAUGGAAAUAUUGUCUUUGAAAAUGAAGUAGCUGUAGGAAGUAUUGAAUUACUUGAUGGAGUUGUAAAUGAUGUUGAAAUUGAUAAAUGGGUCAACGUUGACAAACCAAUAACAGAUCCCAUAACUUUCGAACAAGUAAAGGUAAGAAAUAAGUUUGAGACACAAUUACUGAACGAUAAACAUAUUUCACAAUCUACUGGAAAACUGUUUAUUCCUGGCAAUGUAACUGUUGAAAAUCUAAAUGGACGCAACUUUGAAGAUUUCCUUCGGAAAUUAUGCAUUGACAAUGCCACAUGCCAUUUAACAAGUCUUAAAUUGAAUGGAGGUAUACAUGUUAAAGGAAAUGCUAACAUAAAAAGGCUGAAUACCUUACAAUUCCCAGAGGAUUAUAUUGAUUUAGAGCCUAAAAAGAAGCUAACUAUUUCAGGCAAAAAGGAAUUUACUAAUAUAACCAGAGGAUACAAGGCUACUGAAAUCAAAGUAUCACUGGAACAGUAA